CACAAUGAGCUCAUUCCUCAUGGGUUAUCCACAUGCACCGCAUCAUGUCCAGAGUCCCAUGUCCAUGGGCAAUGGGCUGGAUCCAAAGUUCCCGCCGGUUGCAGACGACUAUCAUCACUACAAUGGUCACUAUUCCAUGACCGCCUCGACGGGUCACAUGGGUGGUGGGGGAGGUGGGGGCGGUGCGCUUGCUGGCGGUGGACCUGGCAUGUCUGGGCACCCGCACGCCACGCAUCCGGCGGAAAUGGUCAAUGAUUACAUGGCCGCCGCCGCGCACCAUCACAACCAGCUCCCGCACUCGCACCACCACAGCAACAGUGCGCUCUCAGGCCACCAUCACCAGAACGCCGCCUACACCACCAACUAUGCCACCACUCCGCCCUCACAUCAUCCGCAUCCGCAUCCACACCAAAGCCUGGGUUACUACGGCCACCAUGCGGCGGCUGCAGCCGCUGCUGCCGUGCACCAUGCCCCCGAGUAUAUAUCCGCCGGAGUGGUGCACUCGGAGGGGGGCUACGGUCCGCCGCCGUCGGUGAAUGUGCCAAACAGCAGCAGCGCCAAUGCCUCCAAUGGAUAUUACGGCGGCUACUAUGGCACCACCAACGGCAGCGUGGGAAGCACGCACUCCCAAGGACACUCGCCGCUCUCCUCCCAGAUGAUGGACCUGCCACUACAGUGCUCCUCAACGGAACCACCAACAAACACCUCACUUGGUCUGCAGGAAUUAGGUUUAAAAUUAGAGAAGCGCCUGGAAGAAGCGGCGCCCACUGGUCAACAACUGCAAGAAGUUUUACACUGUGAUGAUAUGGGAUCAGAAAAUGACAUGUCUGAAGAAGAUCGACUUAUGCUCGAUCGAUCGCCAGACGAGUUGGCGUCCAAUGACAAUGAUGAUGACCUGGGAGAUUCGGAUAGUGAUGAUGAUCUGAUGGCAGAGACAACCGACGGGGAACGCAUAAUUUAUCCGUGGAUGAAGAAGAUUCAUGUAGCGGGAGUUGCAAACGGCUCCUAUCAGCCGGGCAUGGAGCCGAAACGCCAACGCACCGCCUACACACGCCACCAGAUACUCGAGCUGGAGAAGGAGUUCCAUUACAAUCGGUACCUGACCCGACGCCGUCGCAUCGAAAUUGCACACACACUGGUGCUGUCGGAGCGGCAGAUCAAGAUCUGGUUCCAGAACCGACGCAUGAAGUGGAAGAAGGACAACAAGCUGCCCAAUACCAAGAAUGUGCGCAAGAAAACCGUCGAUGCCAAUGGCAAUCCAACACCGGUAGCCAAGAAGCCCACUAAGCGUGCCAGUGCCAAGAAGCAGGCCCAACAACAGCAACAACAACAACAGCAACAACAGCAGCAGCAGCAGCAGCAACAACAACAACAGACACCAGUGAUGAAUGAGUGCAUACGCUCUGACAGCUUGGAGAGCAUUGGAGAUGUCAGUUCCUCGCUGGGCAAUCCGCCGUACAUCCCAGCCGUCUCGGAGGCGCCCAAUCUGACGUCGUGCGGUAAUGGCAGCAAUGGUAACGGUUACCCAGGAUCUCAGCAGCUUCAAGUGCAUCACAGCAAUAACAAUAAUAACAAUAAUAAUAACAACAACAACAACAACAGCAGCAACCUCAACAACAACAAUAAUCAAAUGCAUACGGGUCUGCAUCAUCAUCAGCAACAACAGCAAUCCGAUCUCAUGACCAAUCUGCAGCAGCACAUUAAACAGGACUACGAUUUAACGGCACUUUAGGACACUAUAAUACUGCCCCCGUUGAGCCUUGUACAUUGAAUCCUUUAGUUAGCACCGCAAUACUUUCUGGUAUCCACAUUUUGAGUCAGCAUGUAUUGUAAUAUAAUCAUAGCAAAGCCUCUUUUUAUACACCCGAUGGACCAAUCAGUUCUUCGGGCAAUUCGGAGUAUACAGUGAAAAAUUAAUUGUAGUUAGUUCAUUAAGUGAAUACUACGACCACUGGGCUAAAUUUCUGGCUACUAGCAAGGCUGCAAAACUCGACAAUGUAAA